GCCUAUAUAUUUUAACGCCUAACUUCCUUAAACACAAAACUACAAAAGCCAUACUUUCUCAAAAUUUAUUCUUGUUAUUAUCAAUGACUCCACAAGACUUUCUCAAGACUGCUACUACUACUGAAAUUUUGGGCGAUUUGGGCGAAAUCAGAGUUGAAGAAGUAAUUAAUCUUAGCAAGGAAUGGGAAUUAGAUCAGUUCCCAAUCGAUUCCAAUUUUAUGCGUCAAGAUUUUGAUGUUUUUUAUGAAGCAAACAAUAAGAACUUGUUCAACAAGUUGAUCGAGGAUGAAUUCAGGAAGGAAUCGGGUUUAAUAAGUUUGGAGAAUCUUAAUUCGAGUUUGGAAUUAAAGAAGGAAUCAUCAUCUAAUGAUAACAAUGAUGAUUGUUCUACAAGUAAAUCCAACGAGAAAGAAUCAAAUUCGAAUUCAAUUUCAAAUUCAACGAGUAAUUCGAAAAAGUUAGGGUUAGGGUUUGGUGUUGAGAGAGAAUCAAUAAUGGUGAAGAAAUCUGAUUUGGAUUUGAUGAAAUCGGUUCAAGAGUCGUCGUCAUCCCCCGCCGCAAAGAGGCAGAACACGUCAUCAUCAUCAUCGGAAGUGAAAAUAGUGGUACAUGCUUUGGCGGCUCCCCAUUUUUGCCCUUGGAGAAAUAAGAAAGGAGUGCUCAAAAAAGAUGAGGAAAAAUUGGAGGAAGUAGUAGAUCAAGAAGGAGGUUCGUCGUUGCCGAAAUCGAAUCGAAGAAUUUGUGCUCGCCUACAAAUCUUCGCAAGAAUUUUUAGAGAUCACAUCUCGAAAUACAAAGAUGAUGCACUCAAAAUUGAAAUCGUGCAAAGAAUAAAUUCUGCAAGGAAAACAAAAGCAGGAGGAGAAGAAGAAAACCCUGACAACAAUGGAAACCAAGAACGUGGUAGAGGAAGCACAUGAUGUGUUGGUGGAAAAAAGAGACGUGGUCCACGUGGACGUGUCGAUUAGUAUUUUUUAGUUCAAAAAACAUUUGAGUUUAACAUGGUUUAUUUAAUAGAUGCAAAGAAUUAGAAUGUCGUAGCUAAAACAACUAACC